UCGACCUCACAUCGCGACAAGCGCCAGACGAUUGAUAUAUUCAAAUCGCCGACCUUUGCAUUAUCAAUCGCCCAUCAUGGCUCCCUCUCAGCUUCCCCCAAUCUUCAACCCCACUCCUCAGGACAUUGAGAUGCUCCUCGCAGCUCAAUGCCACCUGGGAUCCAAGAACCUCCAGGUUCACAUGGAACCCUACCUGUGGAAGACUCGCCCUGACGGUGUCAACGUUAUCAACGUUGGCAAGACCUGGGAGAAGAUCCUCUUGGCUGCCCGUAUCAUCGCUGCCAUUGACAACCCGGCCGACAUCUGUGUGAUCUCCGCUCGUCCCUACGGUCAGCGUGCUGUCUUGAAGUUCGCUUCUCACACCGGUGCCACCGCCAUUGCCGGUCGCUUCACCCCCGGUAACUUCACCAACUACAUCACCCGCUCUUUCAAGGAGCCCCGCCUCAUCAUCGUCACCGACCCCCGCACCGAUGCUCAGGCCAUCAAGGAGGCCAGCUACGUCAACAUCCCCGUCAUCGCUCUCUGCGACACUGACUCCCCCACCGACUUCGUCGAUGUUGCCAUUCCCUCCAACAACAAGGGUCGCCACGCCAUCGGUCUGAUCUGGUGGCUCCUUGCCCGUGAGGUCCUCCGUCUCCGUGGUACUCUCGCCAACCGUGAGGUCGACUGGGACGUCGUUGUUGAUCUCUACUUCUACCGUGACCCUGAGGCCGAGGAGAACAAGGAGAUUGCUGAGGAGGCCAAGGUUGCCAGCGCCGAGGAAGUCGGUGCCGGUGCCAUCGAAUCCGGCUUCGCUGGUGAGAGCUGGGAUGCUCAGGCUACUGCUGCUCCCACCACUUUCGCCACUACCGGUGCUACCAGCUGGGAGGCUGACGGUGGUGACUGGGCUGCCAGCUCCGCCCCCCCCGCCGGUGGUGAGACCUGGGCUGAGGCUCAGAACCCCGAGGCUGCCGCCAAGUGGUAAAAACUUUUACCCGGUAGUGAGAGCAAAUGUUAGGAGGAAUGUCUGGAGAGAAGGAGGACCAAAAAUAUAUCCCCUGGCAUGUCAUCCUAGCCCCUGUUCCGCAAAUAUCUCAAAAGACGAAAAGAAAAAACGGGAAAAGAAUUCACGAAAGCCAAAUUUCUUCAACCUUUUUUUU